AUGCUACCACGAACACUCUGCACGCGUUUGACGCUUUUGCGCUCUCUACUCCCUCAGACCCGGCUCUUUGGCACCUCGAUAUCAAGGCCUGCGUUCAGCACGUUAGUCCGAAGCUCGAUUAAACCACAAUCCUCCUCACCCUCAAGCUCGCUGCUUACGACGCAAGUUCGUGGGAUGAAGACUCGGUCAUCGGUAAAGAGACUGUGUGAGAGCUGCAAGGCUGUCAGGCGGAAGAAUCGGGUGUUCAUCAUCUGCGAUAAAAACCCGAAGCAUAAGCAGCGUCAGGGCAAAUGA